AACACACACUCUCUCUUUCUCACUCUUUCAUCUUCUCUCUCUUCGUGCAAGUCUUUCUCACUCUUCGCCUGUAGCUUCGUUGAUUUCGCCGGAACCCUAAUUCUAUCCGCCGGGAACUCGAAGACUCCGAUGACCGUACAAUUGGGGAACAGUUGAGAGAUCAAAGGGGCUGGAUUUCUUCACCGGAUGGAGGGAGGGAUACACCCAUGGAUUAUGAUGACAAUGAUCUUCAAAGCCACAAUGUUCAUUUAGCUGGUGAAGGGAGUACUAAUUGUCCUCCAGUUUUACAGCCAUAUGCUCUUCCCAAGUUUGAUUUUGAUGAUAGCCUUCAAGGGCAUUUGAGGUUUGAUAGUUUGGUUGAAACCGAGGUUUUUCUGGGCAUAGAGAGUAGCGAACCUAACCACUGGAUUGAGGAUUUCUCUCGUGGGAGUAGUGGGAUAGAGUUUAGUUCCACUGCAGUAGAAUCUUGCUCUAUAUCAAGGCGCAACAAUGUUUGGUCUGAGGCGACUUCCUCAGAAUCUGUUGAAAUGCUAUUAAAAUCUGUUGGGCAGGAAGAAAUUAUCCCCUCUGAGACAAUUUUUGAGGAAUCAGAUGCCUGUAAGGAACUGAAUUGCUUAACUGAGCAGAUGGAGCCUAACCUGGAUAAUGAUCAUAAGAUUCUUUCUCAAACGGGGAAUGUUACAGUUCUACAGCCUACAUUACAGCAGGGGGAGACUUCCAAAAACCUUUCUAGCUUAAAGGAUGUAGGAGUAGAUCAGCUUUGUGCUGAUGAUUCACAAACCCGUGAAGGUAAAUUAUUAGUUGAUGGAAAUUCAAAUAACUUGGAACCAAAUGAUCUUAGUGGAAAGGACACCCCGCAUGUAAGUGAAGGGAGUCCUUUUGCUGAUGGGAAAUGCAAAGGUGUAAAUCAGAUGGAAUUGGAAUAUGUGGUUGAUGAACCUCCAGAUAAAAAAGAAGAUUCCUCUGCUUCAGGAAUGCAAGUUGAUUAUAUGAUAUCUGUGCAAAAUAUUAAUACAAGUGAUGAGUUGAGUAACAAAGAUGUCCAAGAUAAUUUAAAAGAUAUCACUGAAGAGAAUCCAGACGGUCAUGUGUUGAGCAUAGAGGCUCAACCUGUGAAUGAAAAAGUAGUUGAAAAGGCUACCUGUUAUUUGGAAAACCCUCAUUGUUCAUCGUUUGAGGUGGAGUCUGUGGAACGAGGAAUUGCUAAUCAAGAAAAUGUUAUUAGUGUGGAGGAACCGUUGGAUAUGAUACUGCAAGAAGAUUCUGACUUACAUGCCCUGGGUGAAUGCAGUGACAGGGAAAUCUCUGGAGUUGAUGCUGACACCAACAAAUGUGAAAAUGUGGUCUUGUUUAAAGGCAUAGAUACUGGUGGUGAUCAAUCAGAACCAACCACACAGAGCUUAUCACCUAGGGCCUAUGAAAAUAAGACUAGCUGUGCAGUUGAGCCUAGCAACAAAAAUGCUGAAAUUUCUUCAAGUCUAGAUCCUAUACUGAAAGGGGAUUCUGACUUACAUAUGCCGGAUGGAUUCGGUGACAGGGGGUGCUCUGAGGUUCCUGCGGUGACCAACAAAUGUGAAGAUGCAGUCUUGCUUAAAGAUACGGGUACUGGUGGUGAUCAUUUUAAAUUGAACACACAUGAUGUAUCACCAAUGGUUAACAGAGGCGAUGAUAGGUAUGCAGUUGAGGUCACCAACAGCAAUGCUGGUAUUUCUUCAACUCUAGAUCCUAAACUGAAGGUGGAUUCUCAAUGGAGUAGCUCCAAGGAGAAUGCAUUAGAAAGUGGUUUCCAACCAGAUAGUGGGACUUUGGUCAGAACAUCCGAGGCUUCGAUUGAGGAAAAUGAUGUCUCUAAGGAUGGAAGUAAUGAAAAUAGGGAAGUUCAUUGUAACUUGACUGCAACAUCUUCUUCAGCUGAAGUAUUUAGUGAAGCAUAUGUAACUGGAUCUUCUAAAAGUCCUCGUGAUGCUUUUGGAAUUUCUAGAGAGAAAUUGAAUGCUCACGGACAUGUAUCACUCUCUAUUCUUGAGGAGUCAACUCAAAUGUGUGAUGAUAAUAAAGUUUACGGGGAAGGCGAUGUUGGUGAUGGACCAGAUGGUAACCUGGAUCUCCCUUCCAGUAAAAAGGAUAGGAUACAAUUGCUCAAUGAUUCGAAUGGUAAAGAUUUGAAGUUUGAUGGAUCUGUUGUUAAGGGAUCUGGAUCCUCGCCAUUGUGUGAAGGUAGCACAGAUAAAGAGCUGAUUGUUCCAAUCCUAACACAUGAAACUGAUGGUAAUGAACCAGCGGCCAACCUUUCCCUGGAAAAUUCGAAUUUGGCUUCUUGUGGCACCACGAAUGCUGCUCCCUUGUCUUCAGGAAAUGGUGUAGCCAGCGAUAUUGUUAGCCACUCAGAGGUUCAAGCAGCGCCUUCUUCUGCUGCAGGAUCACACUGUGACAAAAAAGAAGAAACUGCCAACGAAAUGACUAAAGAUGCAAGUUUUUCAUGUGUAGUGCCACCUCCUUCUGUAGAAACUGGGCUAGUUUCUGUUUCCGAAGCGGAAAAAGGUGUUUCUGGACAGUCGUUGUGCAAAACAGUUGAUCAGUCUCUGCCUGUUACAGACAGUUGCAAUAAAGAGUGCCAAAAUGAACCACAAAAUGCAGUUGUUAAUGAAGUUAGCAAGAGAAACACAAAUGAGAGGGAAGUUGCUUCAGAUCAGUGUGAAUCUUCUGCAAAAGAGGGUGGUGGUGCUGAAGCUAUUGUCUUUGGAAAACAGGAUGGCUCAACCAUAAAAGAGAGUUCUGAAAGGGCAUCUGCAAAUGUAACAGAACCAAUUAUGGAUUCUGACACGCGGACUGGGCCUUCAACAUUGGUAGAAGUGUGUGGUGGUACUGCUAAAAAUGUAAUGAAAGACACUGACACUUCUGAAGUAUCUCAGGAUAAGACUUCUGCAGAGGCUAUUAUGCCCAGCAUUAAUUGUGACACUUCUAUGAUUUGUGAAGCUUCUAUUUGUUCUGCUUCUUUGCCUGAAUCUCAUGCUAGGUUUGUUGCGCCAGAAAGUGAUUUAAGUUCUGUUGGUCCAAACAAAACUGAUUGUGGUCCAACAAAGGUUGUUGAAACAAUUGAGCUUUCUGAGACUAAGCAUGAUUCAGGUGAUAUCAAGGGGCCGAAAAUUCUGAGUGCCCCAAUUUUGGACAGUGUUAGGGAUGGUGACAAUCAUUCUCCUAAUUCCUGGAAUCCAAAAGGAAAUGAUGCCUCUAAGGAUUUGAGAAAUGGCACUUCGGAUGUGAGUUUAUUUACAGAUUUGCCGAAAGGGGAAGCUGCCAACAACUUGCAGCCCGUUCCUGCUAUUAUACCUCCCAGAUUAGCAGAGGUGUCUAUUCAAAAUUCUGGUUCAGGCCAGCUGGAUGCAAAAAUCUCACAAGUUGCACAGGGUGCUUCCAAGGGUACCCCUGAACGGAAAACAAGGCGAGCAUCUAGCAAGGCAACAGGUAAACAGAGUGCUAAGAAGAGAAGUGUGCAAGCAAGAGGGGACAGAUCGAGCAGUGUGUCCCAAAACCAAUCUGGAAUUUUCCAGCUUGUGCCACCUAGUGAGACAAAGGCCUAUGGGCAUGUGGAUGGUUCUGUAAAACCCUUUUCUGUUCUUACUACUUCCACAUCUAGUUUGCCAGAUCUAAAUACUUCUGCUCCACCAUCUGUAAUAUUUCAACAGCCGUUCACUGACUUGCAGCAAGUGCAAUUACGCGCUCAGAUCUUUGUUUAUGGUGCUUUAAUUCAAGGAAUAGCACCUGAAGAAGCUUAUAUGGUGUCAGCAUUUGGGGGACAUGAUGGUGGAGGGGGCAUGUGGGAGAAUGCCUGGCGGGUGUCCAUAGAGAGGCUACACAGCCAAAAGUCUAGUCCGGUUAAUCCAGAAACCCCUUUGCAAUCACGUUCUGACCUGAGGUUUACAGGUUCUAGGGCUCCUGACCAAGUAAUUAAACAUGGUGCAUUCCAGAGUAAAAGUAUUCCCUCACCUCUUGGUCGACCCAGCUCGAAGGGCACUCCACCAACGGGUAGCCCAAUGAUACCUAUUUCAUCACCGCUUUGGAGUAUUUCUACCCCUGUUUGUGAGGGCCUGCAAUAUAAUUAUCAGCAGGCACUCAAUCCAUUGCAUCCUUUCCAAACACCACCAAUAGGGAACAUAUUUGGGGGCCAUAAUGCUACGUGGAUUCCUCAGGCCUCCUUUCGGGGUCCCUGGCUUGCUUCUUCACAGUCUUCUGCAGCUCAAGCCAGUAACCUUUUUUCAGCAUUUCCUAGUACAGAAGCAGUGCAGUUGACUCCUGUAAAAGAAACAUCUCUGCCACAAUUGCCUAGUAUGAAGCAUGUUUCCUCUGGUCCUUCUGCUCAGACUGGGGCCCCAACUAGUACUUUUGCAGGGGCGUCUGCAGUGUUUGACCCCAAAAAGGUGUUAGCAUCACAGGGCCAGCAUUCUGCUGACCCUAAGCCUAGAAAAAGAAAAAAGACUUCAGCUUCCAAGGAUCAUGUUCAGGUUACUAUGCAAGCUCAAUCUCAACCCGAGUCAGCUUUAACACUUGCUGGUAGUAGUAGUCUGUCUACAUCUGUUGCCAUCUCAACCCCAAGUACCAUUGUGUCUAAGACCAUGCCAGAGAAAUUGAUUAUGUCUGUGUUUCAGAUGCCUUCCACUGGUCACCUCAAAAAAGCAGAUCAGGAUUUGGAGCAGAGGGCAACUUUAUCAGAGGAGACUCUUAGUAAAGUUAAGGAGGCCAGGCAACAGGCAGAAGAAGCUGCUGCUUAUGCUGCUGCAGCUGUUAGUCACAGCCAAGAAAUUUGGGAUCAUUCGGAUAAGCAAAAAAAUUCCAGAUUGAUAUUAGACGUCGAAGCUAAGUUGGCAUCUGCUGCUGCAGCUGUAGCUGCCGCGGCUGCUGUUGCGAAGGCAGCAGCUGCAGCUGCCAAUGUUGCAUCAAAUGCUGCAUUACAAGCAAAAUUGAUGGCUGAAGAAGCCUUGGUUUCAUAUAAUGAUGGGAAUGCAAGCCAAAGUCCUGUGCCCAUUUUAAGGGGUGAAGAUGGAACAAAUAGUUCAACUUCGAUCCUUGUUGCAGCUAGGGAGGCUGUUAGAAGGAGAGUUGAAGUUGCAUCUGCAGCCUCAAAGCGAGCUGAAAAUAUGGAUGCUAUUGUAAAAGCUGCUGAGCUGGCAGCAGAAGCUGUAUCACAAGCUGGAAUAAUUGUUGCUAUGGGUGAUCCUUUGCCAUUGAGUCAGUUAGUAGAAGCUGGUCCAGAGGGUUAUUGGAAAGUACCUCAAGUUUCUUCAGGACUGGUUAUGAAAUCCAGUGGCAUGUCAAGAGAACAGUCAAAUUUAGUUACUGUUGGAGAAGAUGCUGAUACUUCUGCUAGGGGUUCUAAAGAUAGACAAUCAGAUAAGCAUGAAGCACAGCUGACUGCACAUGAGAAGUCACCUAUUCUGAGAGAGGUAAAUAAGGAAUCAAUGGAUGAUCAAUUGAGGCGGGGUGUAGGAACCACGGGGUUUGAUACAGUCAUUGAAAAGGGGUCAAUAGGACCAAAAGGCCGCAAUGUUUCUGAGAUCAUAUCACACUCUGCUUUGAUUACUGUCGAGAAUGAUUUUGAAAAGGAAGCAGAAGCAUCUGAAGAAAGCAGCAUCAAGGAGGGUUCUCUAGUAGAGGUUCUCAAAGAUGGGGCUGGAUUUGGAGAAGCCUGGUUUACUGCUAAGGUAUUGUGUUUGCAGGAUGGAAAAGCCUGUGUGUGUACACUGAGCUUCAGUCAGAUGAAGGAGUUUGUUUGGUUGGAUGCAUUUUGGAAACUGCAGGAAUGGGUGGCACUUGAAGGUGAAGAAGAUAAGCCACCAAAGAUACGAAUUGCCCGCCCUGUUACUGCUUUGGGACACGACGGAACAAGGAAAAGGCGCAGAGCAGCGAUGGCAGAUUAUACUUGGUCUGUUGGAGAUAAAGUUGAUGCAUGGAUACAGGAGAGCUGGUGGGAAGGAGUUGUCACUGAGAAAAACAAGAAAGAUGAAACUAUAUUAACUGUCCACUUUCCAGCUCAAGGGGAAAAGUCAGUUGUUAAAGCUUGGCAUCUUCGGCCUUCUCUCAUUUGGAAGGAUGGCAAAUGGGUUGAAUGGUUUAGUGUGCGAAAUGACACCUCCUUCCUUGAGGGUGAUAUGCCUCAGGAAAAGCGACCCAAAUUGGGCAGUCCUGCAGUGGAAGGCAAAGCGAAGGAUAGCACAUCAAAAGGCAUUGAUGUUGUUGACUCAGGGAAACCUGUAGACCCAAGGGUACUGAAUUUAUCUGCAAAUGAAAAGGUAUUUAAUAUGGGUACGAAUACCAGAACUGAGAAUAAGCUUGAUGCAACCAGAACAAUUCGAACAGGGUUGCAGAAGGAAGGAUCAAGGGGGGUUGUUUUUGGUAUUCCCAAGCCUGGAAAGAAGAGAAAAUUCAUGGAAGUUAGCAAACAUUAUGUGGAAAAUGAGAGUAACAAGACUAAUGAAACUAGUGAUUCGGUGAAAUUUCCGAAAUACUUGAUGCCUCAAGGAUCCCGUGGAUUGAAAAAUACAUCUAAAAUUGACAAGAGGGAAAAACAAGUGGCAGAAUCCAAGCUAAAGGGUCUGAGAUCUGGAAAGCUGCAAAGUUUGUCAGGUAAAUCUGCCGCACAGAAGGACAACCUCUUAACAGAUGCACGCAGUGCCUCUGAUGGUUCAAGUGAAAUGGACAAUACAGGAAAGAUCAAAGAUUCUGUAAACCGUGCCGAGGGUUUAUCCGGAAAGCAUACCCUAUCACAAACAACACAGGGCCAAAUUGAAUUUUCUUCACUAGCUCCAUCAUCUGAUUCUUCAUUUAAGAAAGUCUCCACUUUAACUGCUAAAUCUCGGGCAAACAAAGGAAAACUUGCACCUGCUGGUGGAAGGUUGGGUAAAAUUGAGGAGGGCAAAGUGUUUAGCGGAAAUCCAGCAAAGUCGACUGCUGAAGUUGUUGAGCCUCGUAGAUCAAAUCGCAGAAUUCAACCUACAUCAAGACUACUAGAAGGACUGCAAAGCUCGUUGAUCAUCUCAAAGAUUCCUUCUGUUUCACAUGACAAGGGCCACAGAAGUCAGAACCGGAAUGCCUCUAGAGGGAAUAACAAUGGUUAGGAGCAGCUCUGCAGAUGAUGGAUUCCAGUCUGGGGAUCGUCAAUUAUUGGAUGACCAGGCCAACAUGCUCGGGCGUAGUUGUGUAUAUUUAUCAUAGAGGAGGAUAAGCGUAGAGAUGAAAAUUCUUGCUUCCUUGAUUUCGGUCAGUCAUAAAAUGUAGUUGGUAGAUGUUUAUAGCCAUUUUAGUUUACAAAUUAUGGUUUCCGUAGGUGGUCUCUCACCCAGAUAGGUUGUAUAUGGAAAAUUAUCCAUUUAGUUUGGCUUGUAAUGCAAGGAAGGAUUUCAGAUGAUUAAUCGUAUAACCUGUUACUGUUUUGUCCAUUUGGAUAUUUAAUAUUAUGUCAUCUCAUUCGUCAACA